AUGGUUCUACUCAAAGAAAUUUCAGAAGGAAUUUGGGGUCUUACUAUUGGCCCAAACAAAGUAUCAGAAGUAGUAACUGAUCAUCCAUUUCGUUUAACCAUGGCUGCACUUGAAAUCGAUGAUGCUUCUUCAGAAGGCCGUGAUACAGCAUCAAGUGGAAUUACCCGUGUGACAUUGAAAUCAAGUACAGCUGAUAAGGGACCACCAACUGAUUUAAUUCUAUGCAACUUACAUUAUCCAUCAUGCCUUCAGCAACCAUUGGAUAUUGAAUUCUACGAUGGACAAACUCUAACAUUCGGUGUUAAAGGACCACAUAAAAUACAUUUAACCGGUUAUGUCCUUCAACCUGAACCACAAGAAAUAUGCCAUGAGAGUCAUUUACCAGUUGGUACUAGUCAGGAUUUCUUCGAAGCAGAGGCUGAUUCAACUAGCGAUGAUGAGGACGAUGAGGAUGACGAUGAUGAUGAUGAUGAUGAUGACGACAGUGACGACAGUGACAAUCCUGAAGAUUUUCAUUUAACUCAUCGUCAUCGAUUAAAUGAUGAUGAAGAUCAAGAUUUACAGGGUGAUUAUGAAGAUGGAUAUCUUGAAGGUGAAGAUGACAUAAGUUCUGGAACAUCGUCAUCAUCAGAUUCAGAUAGCGAUGAUGAAGAAAAAGUUGCGGCAGCUACAAAGAAAGGAAAAAAGCGUCCACAUGCCGAAGCUAAUGGUCAUUCAAAAAAAAAAGAACCAGAAAGUAAAAAACUUAAAAAGAGUAAAAAAAAUAAAGAAGAACCUACACCAUCAACAACAACAGCAAAUAAGGAAUCUAAAAAAGGAAAAAAAACCGAAGCAACAGCGACCACAUCAUCCAAUGAUAAACAAGCAAGUAGCACAAAUGUUGACGAGAAGAAAUCGAAUUCAUUAGAAAUCAAUGAUAUACGAGUUGGUAAUGGUCCCGAAGCUAAAUUCGGAAAAAAUGUCGCUGUUUUCUAUACUGGUCGACUUAAAAGCAAUAAUAAAGUAUUCGAUUCAUGCACUAAAGGAAAACCAUUUCGAUUUCGUCUUGGCGCCGGUGAAGUCAUUCGUGGUUGGGAUCAAGGUGUAAAAGGCAUGCAUGUUGGUGGUAAACGACGCUUAACAAUACCACCAUCAUUAGCUUAUGGCAGUCAAAAAUUACCUGAUAUUCCAGCCAAUUCAACACUUGUCUUUGAUAUUGAACUUAAAAAUGUGCUGUAG